AUGAUUACAGAAGUCAUAACGUAUUUGUUAAGUUUUCUCAUAUUGUACGUUAUAUUUGAAUUUAAGAAGAUACAUUAUAAUUUUAAGAAACAUGGAAUUAAGUUCAAGGCUGGCUACCCGAUAUUUGGAAAUACCUUUAACAGUACGUUCCUUUUCAAACAUCUUAUCGAGGAUAUUGAUGCAGUGUAUACGGCAUUCCCUGAGGAAAGAUACGUUGGUUUUAUAGAAGGCAUGAAGCCUAUCAUAUUAGUUAGGGACCCUGAGCUCAUGAAGAUCAUCACAAUUAAGGAUUUCCACUACUUUGUGAAUCGCAAGGAGAUGUUCCCGAAAGAGAUCGAGCCUUUACUGGGGUCUAGUCUUUUGAAUAUGGAAGGCGAGGAAUGGCGUAAGAUGCGUAGUCGUCUUAGUAGUGCAUUCAGUGGCUCCAAAAUGAAAUGUAUGCUACCCUUCAUGGUGGACGUUACCAAAAAUAUUUUACGUUAUUUAGACGACCAUCAACUUGAAGACAUAGAUGUGCUGGACCUGAUGCGGCGCUACAACACAGACGCCGUGGCUUCCACUGGCUUUGGUCUCCACGUCAACUCAAUCAGAGAUAGAGACAAUAAGUUCUUUGCUAUUGGUCAAAGAGCGGCGACCUUCACAUUUUGGAGACGAAUGUACUAUUUUAUAACGAUACAGUUUCCAGCUGUGGCUAAAAUUAUGCAAUUUUUAGGUAUCGAACUUCUUUCAUCAGAAGGCACCGAGUUCUUCAGAAAUAUUGUUGCCGAUACAAUAGCUUAUAGGAAAAAGAAUGAUGUAGUGAGGCCUGAUUUCAUUCAUCUACUAAUGGAGGCCGCACAAGAUUUAACUUUAGAUGAAAUCACUGGUCAAAUAUACUUUGCUUUUCUAGCAAGUUAUGAGUCUAGUUCAAGUACUCUGAUGAUGUGCAUCCACGAACUAGCUCUCCGCCCAGAUAUAGCAGAAAAAUUGUACCAGGAGAUUAGAACAAAGCAGGAGAAAUUUGGAGAUCUAAAUUAUGAAUGUAUUAUGGAGUUAAAAUAUAUGGAUUGCGUGUUAAAUGAGGCGACGAGGAAAUGGUCUGUAGCUGUAGUUAUGGACAGAGUUUGUACUGAGUCCUACGUGUUACCUCCUCCGAGAAAGAAUGGUACGCCUUAUUUGGUUCAGCCAGGGGACGUAGUUUAUAAUGUGGUGAACUCAAUCCACAUGGACGAGACGUACCAUCCAUCACCAGACACCUUCGAUCCUGACAGAUUUUCUGACGCAAACAAGUAUAACAUAAACUCCUUCACACACAUGCCUUUUGGAAUGGGACCUAGAAGUUGUCUAGGAAUGCGAUACUCAAUGCUGAAAAUGAAAGUGUUGCUAUGCCAUAUAAUUCUAAACUACAAAAUAGUUCGAUGUAAAAGAACCUCCGAUCCACUUCGUUUGCAACCACUGGACUUCAGCGUCAGGGCUAUUGGAGACACUUACGUGCAAUUUCAGAGAAGACCAUGA